AUGAUUGACACUAGUGGCCUUGCUUUUGUAUUCGGUCUUUUUUCUGCAAUCUUGUUUGGGAUUUUCGUUUAUCGGAGGUUCUAUAGCAGAUCUUCAAAGACAAGUGGAUCUCAUCAUCGUGCACGUCCUGCAGCUACUGCUGGUGGAGUGCGACGCCGUGCUGCCCAUGUUGGAGGACAACGUCGUGCGGUUGCUCGGAUGAGAGAUACAUCAGAUUCUGAGAGAGAUGACAGACGCAUUGAGAAUGUAAUGGAAAAUCCUGAUGCAGAAGCAUCAGAUGAUAAUCAAAGCACAUCGAAAGACACGCAAAAGAAGAAAGUUGGUGCCAAAAAAGCAGCGAAAUUGGCUGAAAAGGAACGUCGAAAAGAGGAACGAGAAGCUGAAGAACGUUAUCGUGAACACCAGAGGAAAAUUGAAGACAAAGAAAUUGAAAAACGUAAGAAGGAGGAAGAAGCACAAGAGAAAGCUGCAGCGGCCGCAGCGGCAGCUGAAGCUAAACGACUUGAAGAGGAGGCAGCACGUGAACAAGCUGAAUAUGAACGUUUAAAACAAGAAUUUAUUAUUGAAGAAGAAGGAAUUGAAGCUCCACAACAAGAUAACAAGACAGAAGCUUUAAUUAAUUUACAAAUUAUUCAAGCUAUUGAAGAAGCAAAAAUUAUACCAAUUGAACAUUUAGCAGUCAGUUUAAAUCUUAAAACUGAGAACUGUGUAGAAAAGGUUAAAUCAUUGAUAUCAUCUGGUCGAUUAACUGGAGUACUUGAUGAUAGAGGUAAAUUUAUUCAUAUUACAAAUGAUGAAUAUGAAGCUGUUGCUCAAUUCAUUGAAAAACGUGGUCGUGUUACACUUACAGAAUUAGUUGAAAAUGGACAUAAAUUAAUUCAUACAAUUUCAUCUAAUUCAAGAGAAUAA